UUUUCCAUUUAUAUUUGCAGAAUACUUUCACAAAUGCAGAGCGACUUCUGAAAGACGCCGCGCAGCUCGCUCAGACCGGGGAGUGCGAGCCGGACGAGAUCGAACCAGUUGCGAGGGCUCUAGAAGCCAAAGUCGGGGACUUUAUUAGCCGAGUUGCACAGCGUCGUCAGUUGCUUGUUAUGUCAGUGGCCUUUCAUCAGCACAGUAAAGAGCUGAGUAUAUGGUACAAAGAACUGCAAGAAAGUUUGCGCAGCAGCAUCGUCUCUGAGGCUGUGGACGGUGCGGAGAAGGAUUUAGCAGAGUUUGAGCAUCAGAGGACGAUAACUGUCGAUGCCUCGGUCAAUACCAUUGGAAUAGGACAAAAUCUGAUUGACCAAUUAAGGCAAAUCGAGAUGGAUACGAAAAAGGCAAACUACAGUGAUACGUGCCACCACAUUGAUGGGAUGCUGAAUAACCUAGAGGAUGGGAGGAGUAAGCUGGAUGACCUAUGGGCCACGAGGAGGCUCAAACUAGAGCUAUGUCUGCAGCUCAGGCAUUUUGAAAGAGAUGCAUUAGAGCUUCUGAGUCAGCUGCCAAUUUGGACGCAAGAGAUGCACAAUAGGGAUUACAGCUUUGAUCUGGACGCAGCUGAUUUCAUUUUAAAGAGUCAUUUAGAGCUGGUAGAAAGUAUUCAAGAAAACACAGUACAACUCAUUCAAAAGGGCCGAGACCUGGUGCAGCUCUUUGACUCCGCGGGGAAGGUCUCCAUGAGGACAGGCUCCAUCCCAGCUCAGACCCGGAUCACAGUGCUCCUGGAUGACAUCAGGGAUGCCUACCUGGAGCUGGAGGAUGUGUCAGAGAGUAGAAGGAUCCAGCUGGAGCAAUGCAGGGACCUCAGACAGUUUGAGGUCGAUGCUGAACAGGUUGAGACCUGGAUCCACACUGCUGAGAAGAUGCUGGCCGUAGCUGCUAUACCAAACUCACUCAAUGAGGCAGAGCAACUACAGGCAGAACAUCAGCAGUUUGAACUCGCUAUAGAGAAAACCCAAGAAAGUGCAAUACGUCUCCACGACACUGCCUACAAGCUCCUAGAAUCAAGACAUUAUGAUUCAGAGAGGAUACAGGGAAUCGCCUCCAGUAUUGAGAGAAGAUGGCAAGCCCUUGUCAUGCAAUCGGAGGACAGGAGGAAACUCUUUCAGUAUGCUGCCAGCUUCUACAAGACUUCAGAACAGGUGCAAUCGGUGUUAGAGGAUCUAGAGAGGGAGUACACCAGGGAGGAGGACCUCUGCGGUGGGGGCAGCGGUGACCGUUCCCCUCCCCAGGUCAGCGACGCGGACAUCGCCAAGCACAUGAGCCGCCAUCAGGACCAGAAGGAAAGCUUCCUGAGGGCGUGUACCAUGGCCAGGCGCAACGCAGAGAGCUUCCUCAAGUACCUCAAAAAGUGCAAUGUUUACUCCAGCCAACAGGGCUCCACUAUGGCUGACAGGACGAGAGGGCCGGAGGGUUACGUUAAAAGAAUUUUAGAAGAGCUGCUCUUACAAGAAGACAAGGUGUUAGAUCAUUGGACUCAGAAGAAAAAAAGAUUUGAUCAAUGCUUGCAAUAUGUCCUGUUUGAAGCCAGUGCUAGACAGGCAUUAAACUGGAUCCACGACACAGGAGAGUUCUAUCUAUCAACCCAUACCAAACUGGGAGAGGAUAAGGAAGAGACAGAGGGACUACUCACCGAGUACAAUGAAUUCAAGAGUGCUGCAAAGGAGAAUGGUGAGAAGGUCAAGCUGUUACUGCGACUUGCGGACAGUCAGCUAGAGAAGGGUCAAUCUCAUGCCACCCGUAUCAAGUCAUGGGUCAGUGCAGUGGACAAGAGGUAUCGGGACUUCUCACUCCGCAUGGACAAGUACAGGGUCCAGCUGGAAGGCAAGCUGGGUCUCAGUCAUGAGGAUGAUGGAAACCUCUCAUUAGACCAUCGGAAAUCAGACAGUAGUCUAGAGUUGAAGUUUAGAGAUGCUGCUAAGGGUGGGGGAGAGGAGAAGCGAAAAUCAGCAAGGAAAAGAGAGUUCAUCAUGGCUGAGUUAUUACAAACAGAACAGGCUUAUGUUAGAGAUCUUCACUGCUGUAUUACGAACUACAUGUGCGAGAUGAUGGCAUCUGUAGGGGAGGUUCCUGGAGGUAUCAUAGGGAAGGAGCACAUCAUCUUCGGGAACAUUGAGGAAAUAUAUGCCUUUCAUAAAGACGUCUUCUUGAAAGAACUUGAGAAGUAUGAAUCGAUGCCUGAAGAUGUCGGCCAUUGCUUUGUCACAUGGGCUGACAAGUUCCAGAUGUAUGUAACCUACUGCAAGAACAAACCAGACUCAAAUGCCUUAUUAGUAGAACAUGGAGGAGCAUUCUUUGAUGAAAUGCAGAAGAAGCACAACCUAGGCCUGUCAGUGCAAGCUUACAUCAUCAAACCAGUACAGAGAAUAACUAAAUAUCAGCUGCUGCUCAAGGAUCUUCUUGCUACAUGCGAGGAAGGGAGAGGAGAGAUCCAGGAUGCGUUAGACGUGAUGCUGACCGUACCAAAGAAAGCGAAUGAUGCUAUGCACGUCAGCAUGCUGGAAGGAUUCGAUGACUACCUUCGAGCUCAUGGAGAAGUGAUCCUCCAGGAUGCCUUCCAGGUGUGGGACACCAAGCAGAUCUUCAGGAAGGGCCGGGAGAGACAUAUCUUCCUCUUUGAGAUGUUUCUCGUCUUCAGCAAGGAGACCAAGGACAGCACUGGCAAGACCAAAUACAUGUACAAGAGCAAGAUGGAUAUGUCUGACCUUGGCAUAACGGAACACAUAGAGGGCGAUCAUUGUAAGUUUGCUCUGUGGACCGGAAGGACACCAUCUUCAGAUAACAGAAUAGUACUCAAGGCUCAGAGUAUGGACAAUAAACAGGAAUGGAUCAGGAGACUGAGGGAAGUCGUUCAGGAUAGGCAGAUUCACCCGAGAGCAGCUCUGAUUGAUACUGUCAAGUUCUCCAAGACUUCCUUCACCAAAAGUGCCCCGUCCACGUCGAGUAGUCUCAGUCAGAAAUCCAGCAGGAGCUAUAAUUCAGAAGAAAGUCUGAAUGAUGAAUCUUUGCUGGGGGGAUAUGACAGGAACUCAAUAACAUCUGUAUCAACAAACAACACCAACUAUACAGACAACAGUGAUAGGGACUCAACAAGAAUGAGCACAGAAUGCGGAGUGGUCGUGGAAGACUUUGAAGCCUCAUCUAGCCGCGAGCUAAUGGUCAGUCGAGGUCAGACAGUGGAGAUCCUUGACCAACUGUACGAGAAGAACCGAGAUUGGUACCUGAUCCGGACCCUGGCCCAAGAUAAUGCCACGCCCAUUGAAGGACUGGUCCCAGCAAGCUGCAUCCGGGUUCCAUCGCAGAGAUACAGCUCCAGCAGCUUAGGUAUGUGGCAUGAUGUCAGUUGUAUGGUGUAGUUUGUGUUGGUUUUAUAGUGGUACAUGUAUUUAUGUUCUUCUGUGCCUUUACUUGACCAUCUUCCCUGUUCCACACCACUGAGCACAAUAAAAUGUUGUGUUUUCUGUGUGAGAAAAGAAAGUUGUGAUUUUUCUUCAUGUUGUUUGAUGUAGUCUCAUUAUCUCCUUUUCAUAACUUCCAUGUUUUUGGCAAAUGUGGAAACACUGACUUUAUUGGGAGCUGGCACCUUUACAUUUUUAAAAACAUAAUUCAUCAUCAUCAUCGUCGUAUUCUAUGUUUUCCAAAGUGACAGAGCUACAAUUUUGUCAUACCUUUCUGCAUUACUUUGAACACUUUAGUUAGUGAAAUUAACCCAAACUUGCAAGGCAUCCUCCCUUCUCUACAUAUUCUCCUCUUAUCAGUGUCAUAUUCUUCACCUAAAACACCUCUGAGCACUGCAUUUUUUUUUGUUAUCUGUGUAAGAUGUGAAAACAGUAUAUUUGUUUCC